AUGACCGAAUCUGCCGUUCAGCGGACUCCUAUCGAAGUUUGGACCUUGAUACUAUACCACGCGAUUGCGACACCACUUCUCCCUUUUGUUGAUGAAUCCCAUAACCACCUCAGCACCAGCAUCAUACAAACUAUCGACCUCUUUUCGGAUGCGUGUCCCGCAUACAAGACAUGCCGGGGUACGGAAAAAACUAUCAAGAUCGGAUACCCAAGCAAGGGCAUUUCCGCGCUGAAAGGAGUGGAACGGCUCGAGUUCGCUCGGGACUGUUACUGUACAGAUUUUAAAUUCUUAGACGAUACAGAAAAUGACCUAGAAGAUGAUAUUGGUUGCCUCGUCGAGUAUAUCUCACCGCGUGGUGAGGCGGAAGUACCAUGGUGGAGGAAUAUAGAAGAUGAAAUGACGAGGCAACUUAUACGACAAGUUCGGAUUUUCAGUUCUUACGAACACGAAUUUUAUACAAAGAAGAUUCUCGGUCUCAUGCCUCAACUGCAAGCUCUCAGCCUAAGGAGCUCCCAACGCUCAGAGCCUCUCACCAGCCUUCUGUCCCUUCUGCCUCCUGAAUCACAUAUAACACAUCUCGAGAUAUGUGGUAUCCCCUGGAUGGAAUUUACUAGUUAUUUUUCCAAGGGCCGCUGCAAUCUCCCUUGUCUACGAUACCUUCACUUGGCCUUCGAUUUUAGAAGCUUAUGGGACACAAAUAAUACCAAAUAUACCGGUGAAUGGGCAGCAUUUCAAUUAGAGAGCUUGAUUAUAACCGGCUCUCUGGGUGUAGAUGCAGAGUAUUUAGAUCCUUUCCUUUCGGUAUGGGGCAAGACCAUUAGGGAGUAUGUCGAUGACUCCCAUUCUCCUCAUGGGCUAACUAAAGCGGCCUCGGCACCAAAUGGGAUUCCACCAUUCCAUCACUUUCCACAGCUGUCUCUUUAUGGCACACGCUUGGAGACUAUCAUUACAGGAUUAGAUACUCAAAAUCAGAGCCAAAAGGUAUCGACGCCUUAUCCAACCCGGAAUCCACGUACAUUUCUACUCAAAAUUCGAUAUACUGGGCUCGAAUGUGACCCUGAAGAGGCAGCACUUCGGUUUAUAGCCUAUGUCCAAGAAUAUGGUUUCGUGGAAGUUGUACUGAACAAAAGCUGGACCUACUUGCGAAAAAUGUGGGACUUUCAUAAGCCUUCAGAACCUCUAUCGGAAGGGGCCCAAUGGAACAAAACCUUCUUCCAGACGUUAUUGAGAGAAGGUUUGAAUGUUAUGGACAUCAAUUUUAUUUCUAUUGGUGAUGGACGAUCUAGAAUGCUUUGGGAGUAG